AUGGUAUCAAGUUUUCGUGUUUCUGAACUACAAGUGUUGUUGGGGUUUGCUGGACGUAAUAAAAGCGGGCGGAAACAUGACCUCCUGAUGAGGGCACUGCACUUACUGAAGAUCGGCUGCAGCCCAGCAGUUCAGAUCAAAAUCCGAGAGCUCUAUAGGCGUCGUUACCCAAAGACGAUUGAAGGACUUUCAGAUUUAUCAGCUAUAAAACCUGCAGUUUUCAAUUUGGACAGUAGUUCCUCUCCUGCUGAGCCUGACCUCACUGUUGCUAGCAUUCACCCACUCUCUUCUUCUUCAGUCACACCUCAGUCUGCUUCCUCACCUGUCAGUUCUGUGUUCCUCCAAGACACUAAGCCCCAUUUUGAGAUGCAGCAGCCAUCCCCUCCAAUUCCACCUGUUCAUCCUGAUGUUCAACUGAAAAGCUUACCAUUUUAUGAUGUGCUUGAUGUGCUCAUAAAACCUACAAGUCUAGUACAGAGCAGUAUUCAGAGGUUCCAAGAGAAGUUUUUUAUCUUUGCUUUAACACCUCAGCAGGUCAGAGAAAUCUGUAUUUCCAGGGACUUCUUGCCUGGGGGCAGAAGAGAUUACACAGUCCAAGUUCAGCUAAGGUUAUGCCUAGCAGAGACAAGCUGCCCUCAAGAAGAUAAUUACCCUAAUAGUUUGUGUAUUAAAGUAAAUGGGAAGCUGUUUCCAUUGCCGAGAUUCAGCUCAGGUGGGGAGAAUCCAACGGGUCGCGCCCAUGCCGCAGUCGCUCCCAGGAGUGGCACGGAGGAGGAUGAUGAUGCAGCUUUGUCCGCUGGUCUGAAGGCGGAGCUGGGGACUGCGUCCUCACGAGAAAUUAGCAGAUUCCAUCUUUUUGGUCCAACACCUCAGGUCCUCUCCCUAGUCAACAUCUUUUUAGAUGGAGACACUGACGAAUUUUGUCCAAUGUUCAGCGGUGAAGGUAGUAGGGUGUCUGGUUCAAUACCAGAGGGAGACACUGAUGAGUCUUGUCCAAUGUUCGGGGGUGAAGGUAGUGGGGAAUCUGGUCCAAUACCAGAUGGAGACACUGACGAAUUUUGUCCAAUGUUCAGCGGUGAAGGUAGUAGGGUGUCUGGUUCAAUACCAGAGGGAGACACUGAUGAGUCUUGUCCAAUGUUCGGGGGUGAAG